CAAGAAAGUCAUAAACACAAUACCUUAUUGCCUAAAUAAGUAAUAACCUAAAUCCAUGUCUCUAUACAUACUCAGUUAUGUUUGAUAUAAGUCUAAUAAUGUAUCAAUAUGAAAUCACAUUUAAAACCAAUUAAAUAUAUUUUUUUAUAACUUUAUCAUAAAUCGUACGAUGACGUCAAUUUUUGAACUCGUCCACACAGCUAUGAAUUGUUAAUUUAUUAUUCGCUUUAAUAGCACCAUGAACAUAUUCUUCAAAACAGAACAUGAUAAUUGUUUCAUGAAGAAGGUUGAAAUACCUUGUCUAACUAGAGUUGUUAUUGAAGAAAUUUUUGAUACCUGACAUUACUUUUCGCAGCAAAAUGUUUGGAGUUAUCUUCUUAUAUGUUCUUGCGACAAAUUGUGGAAUAAAUGCAUAUUGUUAUCGCGACGAAGAUGAUAUUGUGGUGGAAUUGAUUGGUAAUCAGUUGAGAAAUAAUGCAACUGCAGUUGAUACUGUUGAAGUUCAAAAUGAAGAUCAGUGUAUGGAUCAUUGUCUUUAUAAAGGUUACUGCGUUUCUUUCAAUGCCAUCCAGGAAGAUCAUAAGGUUAAGUGCGAACUGUUUAACAUUACCAGUGAAAACAAAACAUUGGAAAGGCAUGUAAAUUCCAGUUACUAUGAAGUUCACCUAACGUGUCAAAACAGUUUAAUUGUUGUGAAUGUAAGUGGAUGUGGAAGCAAUUGCUCGAUGAAACGAGAUUGUGUUGAUUGGCUUCAAGCAGGAUACAGCCAGAGCGGUGUGUAUGAAAUCGAUAUCAAUGGAAAUUUGACAAAAGUUUAUUGCGACAUGCAAACAGAAGAUGGAGGAUGGAUUAGAUUUUACAAUAGGGUUGGACAUUCACCAGUUCUGUGUGACAAACGAAAAGAUGAUUACGAAAAAGGAUUUGGCGAUUUUGAUAAGGAUUAUUGGCUUGGUGUUGAAAACAUACAUCAGUUGACUGCUACUGGUGAAAAUUUGUUAUAUUGGAAGAUGUUUGAUUGGACAUCUCCAAUAAUCUGCUCAGGAUUUAAGAUUGUAGAUAAGAGUAGCGGGUAUCAACUGGAAACGGUAUCAUGUCCGUGUAUUCGGCCCGAAAGGGGCGAUUGCUUUUAUAAAUGCUUCCUUACUGCUUCGGAAUAUGAUAAUUGCAAUUACUAUGAUCUGUGUAGAAGAGGUAAUAGAUGGUAUUAUGUGCACAGUAUGAUGCUGAAAAGGGAUUAUCCGAAUUGAACAUUUGCUGUAAACACAUAACCAAAAUAUACUGUAAAAAUUAAUGUGUAUUCCGCUUUUUUAAAGUCAAAUUUUUUUAAAAUGUAACCAUUUAAAGCUAAUACAACUGCAAAUGAUGAUGGACGUUCAGAUCAGCAUACGAAUCAUUGCUUAUUUAAUAAUAUGUGUGAAUUGUAUAGAUAUCGAUUGACGAAUCACGGAAGUCUUCUUUAUAUGAUGACUGGAGGUAAAUGUUGGUUGGUUCAAGGUCCUAAGCUACCGGAGAUUUGUUUUAUCUGGAAAUAAUUGGUGGAUAAUCAACGAGAGCUUUUACAGUCUUAAAGAGUCCACAGACAUAUUAAAAAUUGACUUAUGUACUUCGGUUUAUAUUAAAUGAACUGUUUCUUACAAGGAGUGGUCAUGCUUUUUACAAUAAAGAGAUCAGGGAUGAUCGGUGGAAUAGUUGAUGUGAGGUUGUCCAAUUUUAAUUUGACAGACAAAAUGUAAUUAGAAGUAAUGUGAAAUGAUGUGCCGAUUUUUUACUUUUUCAGUUAUUUUAAAAUUUAAUUAAAAAAAGACAAAAAAACAAAAAAAAAAUAUUAUUAAUAAAUAAAUAAAUUUGUGUUUUGUGGUUGCACAAAAUGUAAUAAUAUGUAAAGUUCUUCAUAAAAUAAAAACCCCGAGAAAA